AUGCGGUCAGUCACACGCGAGUAAUCCGUUUCAACUGUAGCAAUCCUCAUCUCACAUGACCGCUGGUGACGCAGAUGGAAGCUGGUUUCAAGUGCACCGGCCAUCAAAACAGGUGGUGAGGCUCGGAUGAUCGCAGUCCGCGCCCGUGGUGACGAGCUGCCGGUCCUCCACCUCUAUAACAACAUAAACUUAGUACGUAGUAAGCCACGCGAGUGUCCAUGAAUGUCAGUGAAGCAGUGAUUGACCAGUUUCGUUUGUGCCAGUGAAAAAAAAAACCAACAUGAUUAAAAUUUCAACAGCCUUUUUGAAACAGUUAUGGCUGACAUUUGGCGCUUCGCUGGCAUUUUUAAUCAUCGGCCUGGUGAGAGGCUACUCCGCGUCUGCUCUGCCGUCCAUCGAGGCUCUUGAACCCAAUCUCAUCCAGACCAGCGAACAAAAAUCAUGGAUAGGAGCCAUUCCCCCGCUCGGUGCGUUCACGGGCAGCAUGAUGUCGGGCGUGGUGAUGCAGCACGCGGGCCGCAAGCGCACGCUGCAGAUGGCCGCGCCGCUGUGGGCUGCCGGCUGGCUGCUGCUCGGCUUCGCGCCCUCGUUCCCGCUCGUCCUCCUCGCUCGCUUCGUUGACGGGCUAUGCGUCGGCUUCACGCUGGCGCCCGCGCAAGUUUACGUGAGCGAGUGCUGCGACCCGGAAAUUCGGGGGCGGCUGGGGUCCCUGCCCACUCUCUCCAUGUCGCUGGGCAUCCUCUUAUCGUACGUCGCGGGCAACUGGCUUUCCUGGAGGCAUCUGGCGUUCUUCUCCGCUACAUUCUGCGGUGCUCUGUUCCUGGUCCUCCUGCCGCUGCCCGAGUCACCCGUAUGGCUGGAAUCGAGGGGGCUGGACUCCACGGCUGCGAAGAAAUGGCUUCACCUCUCUUCGCGAGCCACAGCCGUGGUCAAGGACGAUGUGCCAAAGAAGUCGGAGGCAACGGAGUUGGCCCCGCCGAGCCUGUUCACGCGCGAAGUCUUCUUCUCGUCUUCGGUCAUCAAGCCUCUCAUCGUGGGCUUCUCGCUGCUCUUUUUCCAGCAGUUCAGUGGCAUCGACGCCGUCAUAUUCUUCACUGUUGAAAUUUUCCAAAGUGCAGGAAGCACUCUGAAUCCUAUGAUGGCGACGAUUAUAGUCGGCGUUGUGCAGCUGGUGUGUAACGGAGUGAGCACCAUGGUGGUGGACCGGGCAGGCCGGCGGCCGCUGCUGCUGCUGUCUGCAGCAGUCAUGUGUGCCUCCAUGUUGGCCAUGGGCACCGCUUACUACAUGGAGCUGCAGCACUCGGCGUGGCUUGGGUACCUCCCAGUGGGCAGUUUAGUGGUGUUCAUGAUCGGGUUCUCGCUCGGGUUCGGCGGGCUGCCCUUCCUGCUGCUGGGCGAGCUGUUCCCCGCGCACCACCGCUCGCAGCUCUCCGCCAUGGCGAGCGCCGUCAACCUGCUGUCUAUGUUCACUGUCAUCAAAUCCUUCCAUGCGUUAGAGACUGUGCUGACAUCUGCCGGCACGUUCUGGAUGUACGCGUGCUUCUGCGCGCUGGCGUUCUUCUUCGUGCUGUUCAUGGUGCCUGAGACCAAGGGCAAGUCGCUGGCCGAGAUCGAGGAGCACUUCCGCGGCAACAAGAAAUCCGACGCGGUCAUACUACAAAAAAUCUCCACGAUAGCGUAGGGAUAAAUUAAAUAGUUACUAGGAAAUAAGUA